AUGGUAAGAAUUACUAUACCUGCCAAUGUUCGUUCUUUGUUUGCAGGUGGUAAACUGAAUAAGAAAAGUGGUAUUAUUGCUGCCGUUUUCACAUGUUGUAUAUUUGCAUUAAUUUUACUUCCAAGUGGUAACGCAAGUUCUCCUAAUGGUGGUUUAAAAUACCCUCCUCCUGGUACUAAUGGUGUAGGGAGACAAAACGGUUAUAUACCAAACCACACCAUUAAAAAUAGCAAAGAUUUUUACUAUAAGUUAUUUGAUGCUUUGGCUGCUAGUAAGCCUGUUCGUCCACCAAAGGAUGCUAACUUCCGUGAUGAAGAUAAAUGUAAUUUGAAAGAUAUCGCAUCUUAUUCUUCUAAAGAAGAUCAUUUAUUAACAAGUUAUGAAUCUUUGUCAAAUUGUUACAAUUUAACCCAAUCUCAAUAUGACGAUCUACACAAUUCCCAUGAAUUAUUUACAGAACAUGUUGAAAAAUCUUUCCAAUUAUCAAAUAGUGCUGCCAAGUCUAUGUGGCCUAAUGAUAAAGGUAUUGUAGCUAUUGGUGGUGGUAAGUUCUCUGUUUAUAUCUUAUCAAUGAUCAAAACUUUGAGAGCUAAAGGUACUCAUUUACCGGUUGAAAUUUUAAUGCCACUUGCCUCUCCAGAGGAUAAAGAAUUUUGUGAUAAAUUUUUGCCUCCAUUAAAUGCUAAGUGUGUUUAUUUCAAAGACGUAUUGCCAAAGGAAUUUACUGGUAAAUAUCCUAUUAAAAUUAGUCGUUUCCAAUAUAAGGUAUUUUCAAUUCUUUUCUCAAGUUUCAGAAAUGUAAUGUAUAUCGAUUCUGAUAAUCUAGCAUUGAAGUCUUUAGAUAAAGUAUUCGAUACUGUUGCUUACCGUGAAAAUGGUUUGAUUCUAUGGCCAGAUAUCUGGAGACGUGUCACUGCUCCAAUUUACUAUUCUGUUGCAGGUGUUCCUUACAACUUAGAAAAGAGAGUUCGUAACAUGGUCGAUGAUUUAUCUCCAGUUUCUCGUUAUGAUAAUGUUGAAAACCCAGGUAAUGACUAUAGAACAAGAAAAGUUCCAUUCCACGAUUUCGAAGGUACUCUUCCUGAUUUAACCACUGAGUCUGGUCAAUUGGUCGUUGAUAAAGUUAGACACUUCAAGACUUUAUUAUUGGCAACUUACUAUAAUUUCUACGGUCCUGAUUGGUACUAUAGAAUUUUCAGUCAAGGUGGUGCUGGUGAAGGUGACAAAGAAACUUUCAUUGCUGCCGCACACAAAUUUGGUUUGCCAUACUACCAAGUUAAGACUAACUUGAAAUUCGAUGGGUACAAUGAUGCGAAAGAGGGUUUCAGAGGUAUUGGUUUAUACCAACAUGAUUUUGACCAAGAUUACAAACAAUAUCAAGCAGCUAAAUCUUAUGUCUCCCGUAAUUAUGCCAAGCUAUCUCAAUACGAUCCAGAAUACUCUUCUGAGAAAAGCUUUGAAAAAGAAUUGAUGAAGCCAUCUAAUGGUAAGGAUAUCGAUGCCAUGUUUGUUCACGUCAGUUUCUAUAAAUUUGAUCCAUUUGUUUUAGCUAAGGAAAAAAGAUAUAUGAGGGACGGUAAGCAUUUCAGAGGAUUCGGUAGAUUCGAAUUAUUAAAAGGUUGGGAUCUAGAAUUAGAUACAUUCACAUUAUUCAGAGAUACUUUCUGUUCAGAUAACGUUAUUGAAUUUUCAUACUAUAAACCAAAAAUGAGUCAACCAGAAUGGAAAGAUAUGUGUAAUUACUUAAGUAGUCGUGUGGCAUUCUUAGAAGAAACCCACGAAGAAGCUGUCAAACCAAAAGACAAAAAGAAAGAUUAA